GGCUUGUAAACGCGCUAAGGGCCAUGGGAUUGGCAUUUUCGUAUUCCCGAACAAGACCGGAAUUUACCGACAAUUUCCGAUUGCUGCUGACAGUAGUUUACGGCUGUGACUGCGGGCUCGCGGGAAGUUGCUACUUCACUUACUCCAAAUUUUCCGCUUUCCGCACUGAUAAAGGACAUUUCAUUCAAAUUUGCUUUUGUGGCCUCAUGUUGUGGGAAAUUAUUCGGUAAGAUUUAAUACCUUACAGGUUUACUGAUGCGGUUGUGUUUUAGCCUCCGUCAUGCAGUCAGAGAGAGAGAAAGGCAGGAAAGAAGACGAUCGCUACCGGCUAGUUGUUCCAAAACAUGCUCAAACCAAGGAACUACUCAGCAGUGCUCACUCAAAACACAACCGUAGCAAUGCCAUCAAGACCACAAAAUAUUCACUAUGGUCCUUCCUUCCAAAAAACUUAUUCGAACAGUUCCAUCGCUUUGCGAACAUUUAUUUUCUCGGAAUUGUUAUUUUAAAUUUGAUCCCAGAAAUUAACGCAUUCGGGAAGUACAUCGCCAUGGUACCUUUGAUUUUCGUUCUUUCCGUGACCGCAAUCAAAGACUUGUUCGAAGAUCGAAGACGAUACAAGUCCGACAAGGCAGUGAAUAACAGCAUUUGUCAUGUUUUUAACAGUGAAGCUGAAGAAUACCAGCCAAUAGCUUGGAAAAAAGUAGUGGUUGGUGACUUUGUCAAGCUUAAAAGUGAUGAGAGCAUCCCAGCAGAUAUCCUGUUGUUAAACACAAGUGACACGAAUUCUGUGUGCCACAUUGAGACAGCCAAUCUUGAUGGAGAGACAAAUCUGAAGCAAAGAGAAGUUGUGAAAGGGCUAAACAUGGAAAAUUCCAGGUUUUCCCCUGAGCAGUUCCCUUAUAAGUUGAAGUGUGAAGUGCCAAAUAACCAUAUUCACAGAUUUCAUGGGACUUUAAUAACUGAUGACGGUAAGGAAAUUCCUGUUGGCAAGAACAAUUUGCUCUUACGCGGUUGUAUUAUUCGCAACACUGAUUGGGUGGAAGGAAUGGUUGUUUAUGCAGGUCAUGACAGCAAAGCCCUGAUGAAUAACAGUGGUCCAAGAUACAAGCGCAGUAAGGUUGAGAGGGAUCUCAAUGUGGAUGUCGUUGCUUGUGUUAUUAUCCUCUUCAUUCUCUGUUUUCUUGGAGGAGUAGGAUGUGGGUUUUGGACAGACAGAAAUGAUUUCUUCAACAGACACUUCACGCCUGGUUCUAAGAGUUCUGAUCAGCCAUUUGUAAGAGAACCACUGAUGGAGGGCUUCAUUCGAUUCUGGACAUUUAUCAUUAUUUUACAGGUCCUUAUACCAAUCUCUCUCUAUGUGUCUAUGGAAGUUGUCAAGUUAUUCCAAGUGUAUUUUAUCUCCAAUGAUCUGGAGCUGUAUUAUGCUGACAUGGAUCAGCCCGUGCUGUGCCGUGCACUCAACAUCAAUGAGGAUUUAGGGCAAAUCAAAUAUGUGUUCUCAGACAAGACAGGGACUCUGACUGAAAACAAAAUGGUGUUCAAGAGGUGUACAAUUGGUGGAAGGAACUUUUCUCACAAGGACAAACUUGGAUUAGAUGCUGUUGAUGCCAGACCAUCAUUACCAGCUGCUGAUCAAAUAUACCAUCAAAUAUCUGAUGGGUCAAAAGGUGAUGAAAUUUACUGGGAUAAAGAGCUUGCACAAGCAAUAGAGGCGACCGGCAAAGCAGGUUAUCCCUGCGGACCGCAGAGCUCUUAUCUGAGAGAGUUCUUUAUACUACUAGCUAUAUGCAAUACUGUGGUUGUAACGAGAAAGCCUCCAGACACACAAAACAGUAGAAAUUCAAGGUUAGAUGAAACUGAUUUACCCAAUAGCCCGGACAGUAACCACGCCCCGUUAGAUUUAGGCGAGUAUGGAACUCUGAACAAUCACCUUAGCCCUGAUUACGGGUCCGUACGUACACCGACAAGUGAUUCAAGCACAGGACACUUAAACUUGGGUGUGUCAGCAAGCCCUGUAAAACCCUCUCUUGAGAAUUUGUCAAAAAGGCCCAAGAGUCCGUCGUCUUUAAUAGAACCAGCAGAUGCCUUUAAUACGGCGAACGAGGAGCUUAUUUACGAAGCUGAGUCGCCCGAUGAGGCAGCUCUCGUGAAAGCUGCUCAGUUGUACGGUUAUAAACUUCUCUCGCGCAGUCCCGAGAAAGUGACGUUGUAUAUACCAGGCGAGGGUGAAGUGACGUAUGAAUUACUUCACGUGCUGCCAUUUGACUCUUCACGUAAGCGUAUGUCAAUUGUCGUGCGCCGGGAGGAUGAUAGUAGUAUUGUACUGUACUGUAAGGGAGCUGAUUCUGCUGUGCUUCCAAAGCUGGAGCGAUCCAAUCAACAGUUCAUGGCAGAUGAGAUUGAUGCUGGUGAAGGAACGUGGGCUGCUAGGCGUGAAAGCAGGGGCUCUUUAGUGGAGGAAACUGCUUCUCAUUUGGAUCUCUAUGCCAGAGAUGGACUCAGAACUCUGUGUAUGGCGAGAAGGGAUUUAUCAAUUGGUGAUUACCAAGAAUGGUUAGAACAACACAGGCAAGCUGAAACAGCGCUUCACGACCGAGAAAGGCUCCUUCACGCAUCGGCCCAUAAACUGGAGUGUAAUAUGGAACUCCUGGGUGCCACUGGCAUCGAGGACCGCUUGCAAGAUGGAGUCCCUGAGACAAUUGCUAGAUUACGCGAGGGAGGCCUUAAAGUAUGGGUCCUCACAGGAGACAAGCAGGAAACAGCAAUUAAUAUUGCAUAUGCUUCCAGAUUGCUGGACAAAACUAUGCAGAUGGUUAUUCUGAACGCAAAAUCCAAGAAUGAAUGCGAAGCCCAGAUCACAUCUUGGCUGUUACACUUCCAGUCUGAAGUAGUUAGCAUCGCCAGCGGCAGUUCCUCCAACACAGUGUCAGGACACAUAAAUCCACCACCCACUGACGGUCAAUCAAUCGGACUAGUGAUUGACGGACGGACACUCAUGUACGCGUUAGAAGAACCGUUGAAUCGCAAGUUCUUGGAUUUAGCGAAACGUUGUCAAGCUGUUCUUUGUUGCAGAGCUACGCCACUACAGAAGUCUGGAGUCGUUCAACUUGUCAGAAAUGGGCUGAAAACGAUGACGUUAGCCAUUGGUGACGGCGCUAAUGACGUAAGCAUGAUCCAAAUGGCCGAUGUAGGCAUUGGUAUCUCGGGACAGGAAGGCAUGCAGGCUGUCAUGGCCAGCGACUUCGCCAUUGGGCGGUUUAAAUUCCUCUCUCGUCUCCUAUUGGUCCAUGGACAUUGGUGUUAUGAUCGCAUCUGCAAGAUGUUCCUGUAUUUCUUCUUCAAGAAUGCUAUGUUUGUAUUAGUUCUGUUCUGGUUUCAACUGUACAAUGGUUUCUCUGGUUCAAAUGCCAUUGAUGAUAUGUCGCUGAUUCUCUUUAAUCUUGCUUUUACCGCGGUCCCACCCGUCAUUUGUGGAAUACUGGAUAAAGAUGUUCCUGAUCAUAUACUGAGCAGAAAGCCGGCUCUUUACAAAUCAGGACAAAACAGCGAGCUAUACACAAGAAAGCUCUUUUGGCUCACCAUUUUAGAUGCUUUGUAUGAAAGUGUAGUGAUAUUUUUUGCUGCUUACCUGGUGUACAAUGGAAGCACAGCCGGCUUGAGAAUGGUUGGAGUGACGCUACAUCAGAGUUCAGUGAUUGUUGCUAAUUUGUACUUGGCACUUAUAACAGCACAGUGGACAAUCCUCCACCAUGUGAUUUUAUGGGGCAGUAUUGUUCUCUCGUUCUUGUGGUACUUUGUACUCGGCGGCUUAGAACGUUUCCUUUGGGAUAUGUACUUCGUACCGUUUGUAACCAUGGCAACUAUGGAAUUCUGGGCUGUCUGCGCAAUAAGUGCAGUGUUGGCUCUUCUUCCAAGGGUUGUGAUGAUGGUGGCUCGGCACACGAUCUGGCCGACAGAAAUCCACAAGGCUCAGUUAGAGUCAAAAGGCCGUGAACCAUCGGAUUCACUCAGGAGUAGAAUCACUUACGUGGAACAAAGUCCUGAAAUUCAGAGGACAGGCGCGUCUGUCUCCCUGUAACGUGACCUGAAGAUCAGAGCGACUAUUUUCUGAUAUACUUCGUCUGUGAAGGUGAUGGUUGUUAUCACACAAGUGGGCGUCGCUAAAAGUGGACGCGUUUCGUUUGUUGAAUGGCCUCGCGGGCAAAACACACCCAUAACAGCAGGGACACAACCAUAAAAGACAAGGGAAACACAUGGCAAACAAUGUGGACGGUUUCAUUUAGAUUGCAGAGUCCUUAACUUUGCAUGGAAAUAUUUAAUCUUAGUAAAUUAAGCGUAGAUUUCUUCAUGUGAACUACUCAAGUCUGUCGCAACAAAGUUAAACUCCUGUUACUUAGUUUUGUAUCUUUAUGUGUCAAUUAGGUAUUUCUCCAACAUUAUUUACAUGUAAAAACCGAAUUAUUUGUUGCUACGAGUCCGAAUGGAGAUUUUGCAUAAUUUAUGUCGUUUUGAAACUGGCACAUGUACUGUUUUAUUUACAAUAUUUCUGGAAAAAUAGUUAGAAGCAAAUUAAAUAAAGAAUACAUGUAUGUCAUUUAGUUUUGGUAAGACUAAGCUUACAAUUUAGUGAUGCCUUGCGAAAUAUGCUUUUGGGGGAAAAGUAAUUUUAAUAGUAAAAACUGUCAAACAGCAUCAACAUUUCAGUUAGGAAAUUAAAGUGGAAAUCUUUUUCCUCAA